AUGGCUGGACGCAGCGAGAAUGAAAGUGCAAGCAACAACAGUGGAGAAUCAAGUAAUUCCGAUGAUGAAUCCGGUUCUGGAUCGGGCUCGGCAUCAGGGUCCGCCUCAGGCUCCAAUUCCAGCUCCUCCAGCAGCAGCAGCCAAUCAGGAAGCAGUAACUCAGGUAGUGGCUCAGACUCUGGCAGCGGCUCAGAUUCUGACACAGAGAAAUCCAAGGAGAAGAUGGAAACGCCAAAUAAGUCAAACAUUGACGGAGCUGAGUUCUGGAAGUCCAACCCAAGUAUCCUAGCAGUGCAAAGGUCUGCUAUGCUCAGGAAACAGCAGCUUCAGCAACAACAACAACAACAACAACAGCAACAGCAGCAGCAGCAACAGCAGCAGCAGAGACAAAGCUCCUCAAAUAGUGGAUCGAAUGAGGACUCUUCAAGUAGCGAUGGAUCUGACUCGUCAAGUGGAUCCAAAAGGAGAAGAAAUUCAGGCUCCUCCGACUCUGGAUCAGGUUCUGGAUCCGGGAGUGGUUCUGGAUCAGACUCGUCAGCGGAGGAGAAGAGUGACGAAACGGCAUCAGACUAUGAGCCGAGUCACAAUAUCAAAAGCAGAAAGCCCCCAACCAAGAUGAAUUUUCGGAAUGGGAAGAAAAGCAGCAACCAGAGGAAGAAACCCCAGAAUCGUUCUUCCUCUGAUGACGAGGAUGAUAACUACAAGAAGGCGGCAUCUGCGGGGCCACGGCGGCAGGCCACAGUCAACGUCAGCUACAAGGAGGACGAGGAGCUGAAGACCGAUUCAGACGACCUGGUGGAAGUUGUGGGUGAAGAUGUCCCGCAGGCCGCGGAAGACGAGUUUGAAACACUGGAGAGAGUGAUGGACUGCCGGAUAGGAAGGAAAAGAGCCACAGGAAGUGUAACCACUGUAUACGCUGUAGAAGCAGACGGGGACCCCAAUAUCAACUUCAAUCCCAACAAAGAGGCCGGUGAUGUCCAGUAUUUGAUGAAGUGGAAGAACUGGGCCCAUAUCCACAACACUUGGGAGACAGAGGAUACACUCAAGUUACAGAACGUCAAGGGCAUGAAGAAACUGGAAAAUUUCAAGAAGAAGGAUGGGGAGAAAAAGAGAUGGUUAAAGGCGGCUUCACCAGAGGAUAUAGAGUAUUUCAAUUGUCAGGAAGAAUUGAUGGAUGACCUGCACUCUCAGUACCAGCUUGUAGAGCGAAUAAUAGGACAUUCAAACCAGAAGUCGGCAGCCGGUUAUCCAGACUACCUCUGCAAGUGGCAGGGUUUACCGUACUCCGAAUGUAGCUGGGAAGAUGGCGGUCUGAUCGGCAAAAAGUUCCAGAAAUGCAUCGACGACUACAUGAGCAGAAACCAGUCCAAGUCCAUUCCAUCCAAAGACUGCAAGGUGCUCAAACAAAGACCCAGGUUUAUGCCUAUGAAGAAGCAGCCAACUUACAUAGGAGGUGAUGGACUGGAGCUCCGAGACUACCAGUUGGACAGUUUGAACUGGAUGGCCCACUCCUGGUGCAAAAGCAACAGUUGCAUCCUCGCUGAUGAGAUGGGUUUAGGGAAGACCAUCCAGACGAUCUCCUUCCUCAACUACCUGUUUAAUGAUCACCAGCUGUACGGACCCUUCUUGCUGGUUGUGCCUCUCUCUACACUAGUCUCCUGGCAGAGAGAAAUCCUGCUCUGGGCCCCUCAGAUGAAUGUUGUGGUUUACCUAGGAGACAUCAGCAGCAGGAACAUGAUAAGGACACACGAGUGGAUGCAUGCCCAUAGCAAGAGAAUGAAAUUUAACAUCAUUCUCACAACGUAUGAAAUUCUUCUCAAAGACAAGGGAUUUUUGGGCAACGUUCCCUGGGCUUUCAUCGGUGUGGAUGAGGCACACCGACUGAAGAAUGAUGACUCCCUCCUCUACAAGACCAUGAUGGACUUCAAGUCCAAUCACAGGCUUCUGAUCACAGGAACACCACUGCAGAACUCCCUGAAAGAGCUCUGGUCCCUGCUGCACUUCAUAAUGCCCGACAAGUUUCACUCUUGGGAGCUGUUUGAGGAGGCGCACGGUAAAGGCAGAGACUCGGGCUACACCAGUCUGCACAAAGAGCUGGAACCUUUUUUACUGCGCCGAGUGAAGAAGGAUGUGGAGAAAUCUCUUCCUGCCAAAGUGGAGCAGAUCCUCAGAGUGGAGAUGAGUGCUAUCCAGAAACAGUAUUACAAAUGGAUCCUGACCAGGAACUACAAGGCUCUGAGUAAAGGUACCAAAGGCAGCACGUCGGGCUUCCUGAACAUCAUGAUGGAGCUGAAGAAGUGUUGUAACCACUGUUACCUUAUCAAACCCCCGGAGGACAACGAGUUCCUCAACAGAGCUGAAGCCUUACAGCACCUGAUCCGCUGCAGUGGGAAGCUGGUUCUGUUGGACAAACUGCUGGUGCGUUUGAAGGAGCGAGGCCACAGAGUUCUCAUCUUCUCCCAGAUGGUACGGAUGCUGGAUAUCCUGGCUGAUUACCUGAGGAGCCGGCAGUUCCUCUUUCAGAGAUUAGAUGGCUCCAUCAAGGGGGAGAUGAGGAAGCAGGCGUUGGAUCAUUUUAAUGCUGAGGGCUCAGAGGAUUUCUGCUUCUUAUUAUCAACGCGUGCGGGUGGUCUGGGUAUCAAUCUGGCGUCGGCUGAUACAGUAGUCAUCUUCGACUCGGACUGGAACCCCCAGAACGAUCUCCAGGCCCAGGCCAGAGCCCACAGGAUUGGACAGAAAAGACAGGUGAAUAUCUACCGUCUGGUGACGAAGGGCUCAGUAGAGGAGGAAAUCAUUGAGAGGGCGAAGAAGAAAAUGGUGCUGGACCACCUUGUCAUUCAGAGGAUGGACACGACGGGGAAAACUGUCCUCCAUACGGGUGCUGCUCCCUCCAGUUCAGCACCAUACAACAAGGAGGAGCUGUCUUCCAUCCUGAAGUUUGGUGCUGAGGAGCUUUUCAAAGAGCCGGAGGGUGAGGAGCAGGAGCCUCAGGAAAUGGACAUUGACGAGAUCCUCAAAAGAGCCGAGACCAGGGAUAAUGACCCUGGACCCUCCACAGUGGGAGAAGAACUGCUGUCUCAGUUCAAGGUUGCCAACUUCUCUAUGAUGGAGGAAGAGGAAAUAGACAUCGACUCUGAGCGUAGUCAUCGGAGUUGGGACGACAUCAUUCCUGGGGAGCAGAGGAGGAGGAUGGAGGAGGAGGAAAGACAGAAGGAGCUUGAGGAAAUCUACUUGCUGCCACGCAUGAGGAAUUGUGCCAAACAGAUGAAAUUUAACGCCAGUUCGGGCCGGCAGAGCAGGAACAGGAGGUACUCUGCGUCUGACAGCGACUCGCCCUCAGAUCGAAAAAGGCCAAAGAAACGAGGACGGCCUCGGACCAUUCCACGAGAAAAUAUCAAGGGCUUUAGUGAUGCUGAGAUCCGGAGGUUUGUCAAAAGUUACAAAAAAUUUGGAGGACCACUAGAAAGGUUGGAUGCUAUUGCCCGUGAUGCCGAACUCGUGGAUAAAUCCGAACACGACCUGAAACGCUUAGCAGAGACGGUUCACAACGGCUGUGUUCGAACACUACGAGAAAACCCCUCUGGACCAGAGAAGACUUCAGGAGGAAGAAGAGGGAAGGUGAAGGGCCCUACAUUCAGGAUCUCUGGAGUCCAGGUGAAUGCCAAGCUUGUCAUCUCCCAUGAAGAAGAGCUGUCUCCACUCCACAAGGCCAUUCCUGCUGACCCCGAGGAGAGAAAGAAGUAUAUGAUUCCAUGCCACUCGAAGGCAGCACACUUUGACAUUGAUUGGGGGAAGGAGGACGACUCCAGCCUCCUCAUAGGAAUCUAUGAGUACGGUUACGGCAGCUGGGAGAUGAUCAAGAUGGACCCGGACCUCAAUCUCACUCACAAGCUCUUACCGGACGACCCCGACAAGAAGCCACAGGCCAAACAGCUACAGACCAGAGCAGACUACCUCAUCAAGUUGCUAAGCAAGGACCUGGCCAAAAAAGAAGCACAGAAACAAGCAGGGACAGCCAACUCACGGAAGAGGAAACCAAGAAGUAAAAAGAGCAAAACUCUGAAGCCAGCUAAGACGGUAGAGGUGCUGAAGAGCACUUCCUCGGAUCCCCCGUCGGACAAGAGGACGGACGAUGAGGAUGAAAUCGAGGAGGAAAAGGAGGUGACACCCGUGAAGGCGCCGAGCAGACGGAGCCGAGCAGACAGGGUGGUCGUGGUGAAGGUGAAGGAGGAGGACGAGGACGAGGAGCCUGAGCAGGAGGAAGUUUCUUCGUCGGGGGAGAGGGAGGUCAAAGAAAAAGAUAUAAAAAAAGAAGGCAAAAAGGAGAAGAAGGAGGAAAGCUGGGACAUUAAAGAUUCAAAGGAGCCAAAAGAGAAAAAGGAAACCAAACCUCUGGAGGCCGUCUAUAAACAAGAGGAGAGCAUGGAAAAGAUUGAAGUAAAGACUGAGGUACGAGAACGAACAAAGAAAGCCUCCGAUGUGCCGGUCCACAUAACAGCGAGUGGAGAGAAUGUGCCGGUGUCUGAGGAGUCCGAGGAACUGGACCAGAGGACCUUCAGUGUGUGUAAAGAGAGGAUGCGGCCAGUGAAAGCAGCCCUGAAGCAGCUGGACCGACCGGAGAAAGGGCUGUCGGAGCGCGAGCAGCUCGAACACACGAGACAGUGCCUCAUAAAGAUCGGAGACCACAUCACCGAGUGUCUGAAAGAGUAUUCCAAUCCUGACCAGAUCAAACAGUGGAGAAAAAACCUGUGGAUAUUUGUUUCCAAGUUCACUGAGUUUGAUGCCAGGAAACUACAUAAACUGUAUAAGCACGCAAUCAAGAAAAGACAAGAGAACGCCCAGGCGAUGGAGCAGAACACUAGAACUAACACCCACGGCUAUAAACACGCAGAUAUCGAAAGGCUGAAGGACAACUCUCACCAGGACGACAGCAGCAGGGACAGCUACAGCUCGGACCGGCAUCAGCCUUCGGGGCGAUACCACGAGAGCAACAGCAGCAAGGAGAGACACAGCUCGGAGUCCCACAGGAAGACGACGGGAGGGGAGUCCAGGAAAAGACCGUAUCCCUCCUUCAGCAACGGCAAAGACCACAGAGAGAGAGAGAGAGACAGAGACCACUACAGACCAGACAGCAGGGACAGAGACAGAGACAGAGACAGACAGGACAGAUACUACAACGACAGUAAGCACAGGAAGCUGGAAGAGUACCGCUCCGGCAGAGACCACCGGCUGGACAUAAAGGAUCAUUCCCACUCGGACCACCGCUCAUCGUACCGCUACCACUCGGACUGGCAGACGGAGCAGCGGGCCUCGGCCAGCGGGCCCCGCUCUCCCCGAGACCAGCGCUCGCCCUACGACUCCCGCUCGCCCAUGGGACACCGCUCACCUUUCGACUACUCGUCGGACCACAAGAGCACACCGGAGCAGAUCUGGAGCAGCCGCAAGACAUAACAGGAGCUGCCUGGGUCUGCUAGUAGCAGCCAUAGACUCAGCAAAACACAGCAAAUGCCUUACUAAGGACUGUGGGCUCCAACCGGAAGCUGUUUGAAGCACUGUGUAUCAGUCAGUUCAGCAUGGCUGUCCUCUCCUCUCUUAAGCUGCAGCUAAAUCUCGGGAACCUGGGAGAUGAAUGCCAGGGAGCGGCUCAAUCCAGGCGGGCGGAAAAUAAUAAAAAAAAAAAAUCAAAGCAUAUUUUUGUAUUUAAAGAAUUUAAAGCUGCAUUGUUGGCGUUCAACAGGAUGCAGACGUUUUUUUUUUUGUUAUUUUUAUAAACUUUUUUUUACUCUGGAAACUGACACAAUUGACCCUGAGUGCUGCCUCAUAUUCCCACCAACCAAUGACACUGGAUCCUGUAUGACUGUUCUCUAUGUUUUGUCUGUCUGUCUCUGUCUCUCUUAUCAUGCUUAAUGUGAUUUAUUCUACCUUUUAUUUAAGUGUUAACUCGAGAAGUCACACAAAUCGCAUUACAAGUUGACGUAAAAAGGUGUCUGGUUGAAUCCAGUCCGGACUCAGGCUCACCACCUGAAGUACCUCAUUUACAGCAUUUCUCAUUUUCAGCAGGUUUUCUUUUUUUUUUUUUUUUUUUUCCACCAGGCGUGAAUUAUUAUUUAAUAACAUAUCUUAGCUGUAAAAAUAAUAACCUGGAUUGUUGUUGUUUUUUUGUUUUGGAGAGAGAGGUGUAUCAUGUUUUUUUUCCUCCAGUAAUACUGUUGUAAAUUUUUGUAAAAUAGUAAAUCAGUGGUCUUUUUCCUCAGGCUUUUUUGGAUUUAUUAUGACUCUACUUUUCCCCCAUCAACUCAGGCUUUUUUGUCGUUCUACGAGUGAGUUUCUGUAUAAUAGUUCUUUCAUGAUAAUGCUUUCAGAAUGUAACUUUUUGGUAAAGGGAAAGUUUCUUUUAAUGAUACUCAGUUUUAUUCUCUUGUGCUUAGGUUUAUAUUUUUUUUCCUCAGUGCGUCGAAAUCAAGUUGGAAGGAGCUGACUUUUGAAAAUCACGACGGUCGUCUUUCAAUAGAAGCACCCCGUUAGAUCUUAAAUAAACUUUUUACAUUUUUUUUUUUUUUUUCUUUUACCUUUUCAGUUUUCUUUUUCUACGUAGGCAAUAAUGUCGAUGUUUCUAUGCAGCCAAGUAUAUUUGUGGUGAACCACCCAACUGAAUGAAGUCACUGUUACGGUUCACACUGUUGUACAUAAAUUUCCUCUAUAUUUCAAAAUGAAUUUACACUGAAAGUGCAUGAAUUUUUAUGAACUGUUUUAUAUAGUUGUUUAUGAAGCCAUUAAAAUCAAUCACUGUACUCACUCGUACCAACUCUCUUCGACAAAGUGUCACCUUUUUGAUUAUGAUAGAAAUCGGACACGCUAGGUAGGUUGAGCACAAGCAAAGGCUGUUAAAUGUCUGCAAAUAACUUUCCAUUAGAUUUUUACUUGCUGUA